AUGCCAAGGCGGAGAUGCUUCGGGGCUAAGAUAGAAUCGCGCACGCGUUCAGCUGAUCGCGUGUGUAACAAUCGGCGGCCUUUCAUCCAUGACGAUUCUUUGAUGCAUUGCCUUGGUCGCUUUGCGGCGAAUGUAUUCAGGCAGCCAGGACGGCUGUCUGUACGAAUACCAUCGAGGCACGCGUCGACGAUUGCCAGCCGGUCCCUCGGUGGAGAUAAUGUCGCUCCCGCCACUCCUCUACAAAUCUCUCUUCGCGAAUACCAGGAAGAGUGCAUUCAGUCGGUUCUAUCUUACCUUCAAAAGGGCCACAAACGACUAGGUGUCUCGCUGGCCACAGGAUCCGGUAAAACGGUCAUCUUCACCCACCUUAUCGAUCGCAUUCCCGCCGACGAAGAUGCCGCUCAAACACUCAUCCUCGCUCACCGCCGUGAGCUAGUUGAGCAAGCUGCUCGACACUGUACACUGGCCUACCCCCACAAACAUGUCGAGAUUGAAAUGGGCAAGCACCAGGCAUCGGGUGCUGCUGAUAUAACUGUCGCCUCCAUCCAGAGCAUCAUGUCUGCGGAUAGACUACAAAAGUUUGAUCCCUCAAGAUUCAAGCUGGUGUUGGUAGACGAGGCUCAUCACAUCGUCAGCCAGAAGUAUCUCGAAUUGAUGGAACAUUUCGGGUUGCGACACGCAGUUGAUUGGAAGAAUGCUCAUGUACCUGCUUUGGUUGGUGUGUCCGCCACCUUUUCGCGCUUCGAUGGGCGCCGAUUGGGUACUGUCAUAGAUCACAUCGUCUAUCACAGGGACUACCUGGACAUGAUUGAAGAGAACUGGCUUUCGGAUGUCGUCUUUACUACCGUGGAGAUGAAGGCUGACUUGGACAAAGUCGGCACCGGCCCUAAUGGCGAUUUUCAGACUGGUGCUCUUUCCCGAGUCAUCAAUACUGAUCAGACCAAUAAAUUGGUGGUACAAUCCUGGCUGACCAAGGCGAAAGAGCGCAAGUCAACCAUUGUCUUUUGUGUGGAUCUCAGUCAUGUCACGAAUUUGACCGCGACCUUCAGACAGUUUGGCAUAGAGGCUCAAUUUGUGACUGGCGAUACCCCAGCAAAGAUACGCAGUGCUAGAGUAGAUGCUUUUCGCAACGGCGAAUUCCCUGUUCUUCUCAAUUGUGGAGUCUUCACUGAGGGAACUGACAUACCAAAUAUCGAUUGCGUCCUGCUGGCACGGCCAACCAAGUCGCGUAAUCUACUCGUGCAAAUGAUAGGGAGAGGUAUGCGGUUACACAAAGGCAAAGAAAACUGUCAUAUCAUUGAUAUGGUGUCGGCUUUGAGCACCGGUGUCGUAUCUACACCAACGCUCUUUGGCUUAGACCCUUCCGAGAUCGUCGAACAGGCGAACACCAAGGACAUGAAGGAGCUCAAGGACCGCCAAGAGGAAGAGCAGAGACGGGAAGACAAAGCUAUCCACACAACCCAGAAGGUCGACACGAGGAAAGUUUUAGGGACAGUGGUAUUCACAGACUAUGACACAGUACACGAUCUUCUUGCAGACACAUCAAGUGAUCAGGCUAUUCGGAAUAUCAGUGAGCUUGCUUGGGUUGCGGUCGGUGAUGGCAAGUUCAUCCUGACUACAAACAGCGGCAAUUACUUGCUCAUCGAGCCUCAAGGAGAGAAUAACGAAGGAUAUCACGCCAAAUACUAUUUGAAGCUUCCUCCUAACGACAAAUACAAAAGCCCAUAUGCCACUCCUAGAGUGAUUGCGCGCGGAGACACAUUCGAGCAUAUUGUACAUGCUGCCGAUACCUUCGCUAUGGAGGCCUUCGAGUUUAUAUGGAUCUCGAAGAAUCAAUCCUGGCGUCGUAGCAGAGCAUCGCAAGCGCAGGUUGAUUUCCUGAACAAGUUUCGCCCUGAAGAGGAUCAACUGAAGCUGGAUGAUAUUACAAAGGGCAAAGCUGGUGACAUGAUCACGAGAAUUAAGCACGGAACCAAAGGAAGAUACCAGAAAGCACAGACUAAGCAGCGUAUCGCAAACCGCAUCCGAGACAGGGCUCAGACAAUGCAGAAGCGAUUGCAAGGGCAAGUCAAGGUGGGGCCUUUGUCCGCAGAACACUUUGCUCAAUAG